CAGGUCGAGAGUACAGAGUUGUACAGAGUUUUGCAAUUCGCUGACCUUGAUUUAGUGUAAAAUUUAUUUUAUCUUUGCACAAGCAUUUAGAUAACAGUGAGUACUACAUCAAAAAGCCUGUUACGAUAUGGGUUAAUAUGUACGAAGGAUAUCUGGGGGUAAAAUAACAACAGUGACCAAGGGUGUGCUGAAGACAUGAGCGUAUUGAAGUCCUGAUAACAGACAUCAUGACAACAGAAGCUGUGUCUUCACGGAGUCAAGCUCAGAUCCCAGCUUCUGCUCACAGGGAUUACAAUUACUGGAUCCGCUCCUUUGUUGCAGGAGGUGUGGCAGGAUGCUGUGCAAAGUCCACCAUAGCGCCUUUGGACAGAAUAAAAAUUUUACUACAAGCUCAAAAUCCUCAUUACAAACAUCUUGGAGUGUUUGCAACACUUACGGCUGUGCCAAAAAAAGAGGGCUUUCUCGGGCUAUACAAGGGAAAUGGAGCUAUGAUGAUCAGGAUUUUCCCAUAUGGAGCCAUUCAGUUUAUGGCUUUUGAUAACUAUAAACAGUUCCUGAGCAAACAGCUUGGAAUAUCUGGGCACAUUCAUCGGCUGAUGGCAGGAUCUAUGGCAGGAAUGACUGCUGUUAUUUGCACCUAUCCACUUGAUGUUGUCCGAGCUCGCUUGGCUUUUCAGGUGACGGGAUAUCAUCGUUACACUGGCAUAAGAAAUGCCUUUCAGACCAUUUAUCAUACGGAAGGAGGAAUCUCUGGGUUCUAUCGUGGUCUGACCCCUACAAUAAUUGGCAUGGCUCCAUAUGCAGGGUUUUCUUUCUUCACAUUUGGUACAUUGAAGACUUUGGGGCUCAGUCAUUUUCCAGAGCAGUUAGGGAAGCCGUCUCUUGACAAUCCAGAUGUUCUGGUGCUGAAGACUCACAUCAAUCUGCUCUGUGGUGGAAUUGCUGGAGCUAUUGCUCAAACUAUUUCAUAUCCACUAGACGUCGCCAGGAGAAGAAUGCAGUUAGGAACAUCACUUCCUGAUUCUGACAAAUGUUUCACCCUCACAAAAACCCUCAAGCAUGUGUACUCUCAAUACGGCAUUAAGAAAGGACUGUAUCGUGGUUUGUCUCUCAACUACAUCCGCUGUGUACCUUCACAAGCCGUUGCCUUCACCACAUAUGAAUUCAUGAAGCAAACUCUUCAUCUAAACUAGAACAAGUGCGACUGAGCCUUAAAGGAACAAGUUGAACCCUGGCAACAUCACUGCAACUCCGUCAGCCAUUCCAUUGAACAUCCAUGUGUGAAUCCCCUACAUGCUAACGGCAAACCUGUGGCUUUACACACCCCAGCAACAGUCACUAUGGAUACGGAGGAUAAAGACCACUUGCUGUUCUUUAAUGUCUGGCUUGGGAGUUUGCCACCUAGCAACCAGCAUGCAUGUUUGAAAUGGCAUGGCAACCUACACUCAUGUCUGUGAAACCAUCGGAAGUGAACGAUAUGCCUUAAGCUACACACUUUUUACUUAUGACAUCACUGAUAUAAGCAAAACAAACUAUUACAGGUACCUACCUAAGUCAUGUUUUGUGAAGGUGCACAGAGUGCUUUUAGCGAUUCAUUUCUCAUAGCAAUACUUGAUUUAUUUAGAGCUUUAUUUUUCAGCAUUCGUCAUAGAUUUUAAGGCUCAUUAGCUGAUAUGUGUCUCUUCUGCACCAUUUUCAUGUUCAAUUCAAUAAUGAUUUGAAUGGAAGGGAGCGUCUCUUGUGUUUAUGCAGUAUUUAUGAAAGACUAAUUUGUUUCCUGGGUUACUGUGACUGAUCAUUUUCUAAUAGUACAGCUUGACAUCAGUGACAUCCAGGAAUUCUGGAUGGGAACAACAUCACAAACAAUCUGUAAGUCAUUGGCUUGUGAUGGGAACAAAAUGUGCUCCGGUAAAUAAAAUAAUGACUGCCAUUCUAUAUAGCAUUUCUUUUUAACUGUGGACAGGUUAAUGCAAAACUAUACAUAAAUCAACACUUUUUUUUUUGGUGUCAUAGUUUCAAAUUUAGUUUCAUUCUGUUAUUAGACUUUUGCCACAUCAAAGAUAACAGAUUUGACAGAGAUCUUACUGUGCAUGUUCACAAAACAAUAUUUCUUUUUUUUUCGUCUGCCAUGUGGUGGCACUGUUGCACUGAAGUUAAGAUGUAUUGCACUCUGGAUUCACAUAUGCUUAAACUUGAAAGGCAACCGUGUUGCCACAUUUCCAUGUGAAAAUACAUCUUUGGCAUUUGUUAGAAGUGCACUAAACAGGAUAUUGAUUUAUAACUGGUUGAUUUCAGUUGUGUAUAACUGCAAAAAAAAAAAACAA